AUGGAUAGCAUAGAAAAUGGCAAAAAAUAUCGAGAAGAUGCGAAGAAAUCUUCAAGCGCAAAGAGAAGAAGGGAAACAGAUGAGGAAAGCACAGGCUACUCUAUGGAAAGCGAGCAUGACCACUUUGAGUGGGAAAAAGGAACAAGCAUGCAGCCAUUCAAUAUCCUGGCGAAGUGCGCUGCAAAAGAGCUGAGGGAGCUCACCAAAAGCUCAUACGACAAGGAAAACAACAGCCUGGGAGACCUGGAGUCUGACUCAGAAAGCGACCUGCUAAACAUGGAGUUUCCAUGCGCAAUGGUCGGCGGAAAGAAGGUGUACAAAUGCACUUUCCAAGGAUGCAACAAAAGCUUUCCUUCUCUCAGCAGAAUGAGAAGACACUACAUUAUACACACAGGCGCAAAGCCAUUCAAAUGCUUAAACUCGAAGUGUAACAAAACGUUUUCUCGAAGGGACAACAUGAUUCAGCAUUACAAAGGGCAUUGUCUCCACACAAAUGUGUGA